ACCGGCAAUUGCCGGUAGCUUCCACAAAAAAAGAAAUUAAUAAAAAAUCAUCCCCUUCGUUCCUCUUCCACGCCUCUCCCUUUGGUCGGCCUUGUUUGCUUUGCUCCAUAAUAAUUUCUAAGGAAAAAAGAAAAACAAAAUUGCAGAAAUCAUAAAAUCAAAGUUGAUUAAAACUCUUUUUUUCUUUUUUUUCUUUUAGGAUUUUGAUUUUGAUCCUCAAAUCUUGUUUUUUUCACAUAAAAGAACAGACAUCAAAUCAAUCAAAUUAAUAACAUUAAUAUUUGAAAAAAGAAGGAGAAAAGAGCAGACGAAGAAGAUUAGAGAGAGAUGGAGGGUUACGGUGUGGAUGAGGCGGUGAUAGCUUUGAAGCUGAAAGAUGCAUCGAAUUGGUGGCAUGACAUUAACGAAUCUACACUCUGGCAGGAUCGGAUUUUUCACAUCCUCGCCGCUCUUUACGGUCUCGUCGCCGCCGUUGCUCUCGUCCAAUUGAUUCGGAUACAAUUGAGGGUUCCUGAGUAUGGUUGGACCACACAGAAGGUCUUCCAUUUUCUGAAUUUUCUGGUGAAUGGGGUUCGUGGGCUUGUAUUUGUUUUCAGACGGGACGUGCAGAACUUACAUCCAGAGAUUGUUCAACACAUCUUGCUUGACAUGCCAAGUCUAGCUUUCUUCACCACAUAUGCUCUUUUGGUCUUAUUUUGGGCUGAGAUCUACUACCAGGCACGUGCUGUUUCGACUGAUGGACUGAGGCCGAGUUUCUUUACUAUUAAUGCAGUGGUUUAUACUAUCCAGAUUGGAAUGUGGCUGAUAUUAUGGUGGAAAUAUAUCCCAGUUUUGGUCGUCCUCUCAAAGGUGUUCUUUGCAGGUGUAUCAUUGUUUGCAGCCCUUGGGUUUUUACUAUAUGGUGGAAGGCUUUUCUUAAUGUUGCAGCGCUUUCCUGUAGAGUCCAAAGGGCGGCGUAAGAAGCUGCAAGAAGUUGGUUAUGUGACCACCAUUUGCUUCUUAUGUUUCCUAGUCAGAUGCAUUAUGAUGUGCUUUAAUGCAUUUGACAAAGCUGCUGACCUUGAUGUUUUGAACCAUCCAGUUCUAAACCUCAUAUAUUACCUGUUGGUGGAGAUAUUACCUUCAUCUCUGGUCCUUUUCAUUUUGAGGAAGUUGCCACCAAAACGAGGUAUUACACAGUAUCAUCCCAUACGCUGAACGAUGUCGGAUGCUUUUGUAAUGAUUUUACAACAUGGCUCUUGUUGUGUACCCUGCCAAAAAAAAAAAAAAGACAGAAAAUUAGCAAUAGUGAAGGCUAAAACUGAUAGUUUUGUGGUUUGUUUUGUACGCACAAGCUGAUCUCUUGGAUUCUAAACAUAUCAUUGUGUUCAAAUGAAGGUGUUGUAGGGUUUUUUUUUGGAGUAGAAAUUGUGGAGAAUAUCGACUAUUUUGGUACACCAAACAGUCAUGUAAGCAAAACCAAGGAUGGUUUUCUGAUUUUAUGGAAUGCUAUUCUAACAGUGUUUAUGAAAUAA